CGGUGACUGAUGUCAGCUUGCUUGCGGCUGCAUGGAGGCUGCAAUGUGCAGAUCAAAAACUAUUUCAAUUUAACGCUUAAAUAAUAAUAAUAAUACUGAUAAAAACAAACGAAGUAGUGUGGACUUAGCAUGCAUACGUGUUAAUUCGACUGUUCCUAUAAAUAUUAGUAUACUUCUUUAGCUACACAACACUGAAAUUACAGCUCUGUUUAUUAUUCAAUCUCGGAAUUCAUAAGAGUGCAACAUGGGCAUCCUUGAGAAGAUAUCUGAAAUCGAGAAAGAAAUCUCCCGGACACAGAAGAAUAAAGCCACUGAAUACCAUCUGGGCUUGCUGAAGGCAAAGCUAGCCAAGUACAGAGCGCAGCUGCUGGAGCCUUCAAAAUCAGCUGGGGCUAAAGGGGAGGGCUUCGAUGUGAUGAAAUCUGGAGAUGCCAGAGUGGCACUUAUUGGUUUCCCCUCUGUGGGUAAGUCCACGUUCUUGAGUUUAAUGACGUCCACUGCCAGCGAAGCUGCUUCGUACGAAUUCACCACGUUGACCUGUAUCCCAGGUGUAAUCGAGUACAAAGGUGCCAACAUUCAGCUGUUGGAUUUGCCUGGUAUCAUAGAAGGAGCUUCCCAAGGAAAGGGUAGAGGUAGACAGGUCAUCGCUGUGGCCAGAACGGCAGAUGUUGUCAUUAUGAUGUUGGAUGCCACGAAGGGAGAUGUCCAGAGGGUUCUGUUGGAGAAAGAGUUGGAAUCUGUUGGGAUUAGACUCAACGUGUCCAAGCCCAACAUCUACUUCAAGCCCAAGAAGGGUGGAGGACUGUCCUAUAACUCAACUGUUCCUCUCACGCAGUGCUCAGAGAAGUUAGUUCAGCUCAUUCUGCACGAGUACAAAAUCUUCAAUGCCGAGGUUUUGUUCAGGGAAGACAGCACUCCAGAUGAGUUCAUUGAUGUGAUCGUUGGAAACAGGGUUUACAUGAACUGCGUUUAUGUUUAUAAUAAAAUAGAUCAGAUCUCCAUGGAAGAAGUUGAUCGUCUGGCCAGGAGACCACACAGCGUAGUCAUCAGUUGUGGGAUGAAAUUGAACCUGGAUUACUUGCUUGAGAGACUGUGGGAUUACCUGGCUCUCAUCUGUAUCUACACAAAGAAGAGGGGAGAGAGGCCAGACUUCGCUGAUGGUAUAAUCAUGAGACGAGGAGCUUCUGUAGAGCAUGUGUGCCAUGCAGUUCACCGAACUUUAGCGAGCCAGUUUAAGUAUGCCCUUGUGUGGGGAACAAGUACCAAGUACAGUCCUCAGAGAGUGGGGUUGACACACAUUAUGGAGCAUGAAGAUGUCAUCCAGAUUGUGAAGAAAUAACCUGCUAAAUCAUUGGCCAUCACCAAGCAGCCUGAUCCAGUCCUAUUGAGGGUAGAGAAGAGACCACUGUUAAGACCUGUGUCCAGAAAGAUUCAGUAACACGAAGUGUUGUACCAAAACAGAAACACCUUAUCAUAAACCAUAGUUAGUAGUUCCAUAUUUUGUGUACCAAAUGAAGAAAAGAGCAAUGCAAAGACAAUGUUGUUUUUUUUUUUUCGAAGGUGCCGUGCCCUGUUCUAGCAUUGUAUUAAUACCUGUGCGUUGUCAGCAGUUUAACCCUAACCCUGCCACAAUCCGGAUGGAUUGCCAACUUUGUUCAUUUUAACUAGAUUUAUUUUUUAUUUGUAAACUAGUCAGAUACAUGCAUACGCCAGCUGACACUGUAUCUUGUUUGAUUUUGAUCAAAGCUAAUAAAAUUUGCAUCCCCUGAAACAGAUCAUAGCUCAAUCAUGUAAAAAAAAAAAAAAAAAACUCAUGAUUGCAUGGUUAAAGUUGAAUUCACUUUAAGCAACUCUGCUUAAAGGCAGAUGCAUGAUCAUUUAAAAUGAAGUCUACAAGGUGUUGGAUGGGUGUCUCCAUCACACCAGAUCUUAAUCCUGUUAUCAGCCUCUUUUAAAACUCCAGGCAAAGUGGCCCCAAAGAAAAGAUAUUUAAAGUGCCCAGUUAAGGCAAAACGGACCUAUCAAUCAGAUGCAAGUAUAGCAUCUUGCAAACAUUAAUGUUAUGCUUGAAAUAAAAGAUUUAGACUAUAUGGUGUAUGUUGUUUUGUUGAUCUGGGGAAAUUCGGAAUUCAGUUGUAGUGACUUGGAUAAAGAAAUAAAAAUGUGAACUU